UUCUGGUGCGAGAUAAACAAACCCUAAAACUGGGCAUUUCCUUUGUAUCUGCUCUCUCUCGCUCUCUGUCUAGCUGCUGAGUCUUGCCCCCACCUGCUGUCUCUGCUGGUCUCUCUGUUACUAUCUCGGUCGCAGGCAUCUUUACCUGCUCCAGCCCGCUCUCUCAGGUUGAAGUUAGGACAGUCAAAAAAUGUCGCGGAAAGGGUUGAUGGAGCAAGACUUGAGUAAACUGGAUGUAACGAAGUUACAUCCACUUUCUCCUGAAGUUAUAUCUCGCCAGGCAACUAUAAAUAUUGGCACCAUAGGUCAUGUGGCACAUGGCAAGUCAACAGUUGUGAAAGCAAUAUCCGGUGUUCAGACUGUUCGUUUUAAGAAUGAGUUGGAGCGUAACAUUACAAUUAAACUUGGAUAUGCAAAUGCAAAGAUAUAUAAGUGUGAAGAUGAAAAGUGCCCCCGGCCUAUGUGCUACAAGGCAUACGGAAGUGGAAAGGAAGAUAGUCCUAUGUGUGAUGUACCUGGGUUUGAAAACUGUAGAAUGAAAUUGCUGAGGCAUGUGUCUUUUGUUGAUUGCCCGGGUCAUGAUAUUCUCAUGGCUACAAUGCUUAAUGGGGCAGCGAUUAUGGAUGGAGCAUUACUUCUCAUAGCUGCAAAUGAGAGCUGCCCCCAACCACAAACUUCUGAGCAUCUUGCUGCUGUUGAAAUUAUGCGUCUCCAGCAUAUCAUAAUCCUUCAAAAUAAAGUUGAUCUGAUUCAAGAAAAUGUAGCCAUCAACCAACAUGAGGCCAUUCAGAAAUUUAUCCAGGGAACUGUUGCUGACGGUGCUCCAGUGGUACCAAUUUCUGCACAGCUGAAGUACAAUAUUGAUGUUGUGUGUGAAUACAUUGUGAAAAAGAUCCCAAUUCCAGAGAGGAACUUUAUCUCACCACCUAAUAUGAUUGUAAUUCGCUCUUUUGAUGUCAAUAAGCCUGGGUUUGAGGUUGAUGAGAUAAAAGGUGGUGUGGCUGGUGGAAGCAUCUUUAGGGGUGUUUUGAAGGUCAAUCAAUUCAUUGAAGUUCGUCCAGGCAUUGUUGUUAAAGAUGAGACAGGGAAUAUCAAGUGCACACCAAUAUAUACUAGAAUAGUUUCACUUUAUGCUGAGCAGAAUGAGCUACAAUUUGCAGUGCCAGGAGGUCUCAUUGGUGUUGGCACAACUAUGGACCCUACUUUGACGCGUGCUGAUCGGUUGGUGGGUCAAGUCCUUGGUGAUGUAGGUUCACUCCCUGAAGUUUUUGUUGAGCUUGAGGUGAACUUCUUCCUUCUUCGAAGACUUAUUGGUGUGAGGACAAAGGGCACAGAGAAGCAAGGAAAGGUAUCAAAACUGGCUAAAGGAGAGAUUCUGAUGCUGAAUAUAGGAUCAAUGUCAACUGGUGCUCGAGUUAUUGCAGUGAAGAAUGAUCUUGCCAAGCUGCAGUUAACAUCUCCUGUAUGCACUAGCAAGGGAGAGAAGAUUGCACUCAGUCGAAGAGUUGAGAAGCAUUGGCGUCUUAUCGGGUGGGGUAUGAUUCAAGCUGGAACAACCCUUGAUGUUCCUCCGUGCCCCCUUUGAGUGAUCAUAAGCAGGUGCAAAAAGAGCUGUAAAAGAAGCACAGAGAGGGAUUUUAAUUGAGACGCGGGAAGGUCAAGCAUACUGGUUGGAAUGACUUGUAUCCAGUGGAGAAUACAUUUUUUGUUAUGGCUAUUAUUGUUUGUGGUGUUUCUUUUUUCGUUGACUCUCCCAAGUUUUGAACAUGGGUCACUUCAAUGGAUGGUAUGUAGUGGGUCCUUGAUGAAAGGUACUAAAAAUGGCGUUUUCAUGAA